AUGUUGACUCUCGAGUGGGAGUCGGAGGGACUACAAACAGUGGGUAUUGUUGUGAUUAUAUUUGCAUCUCUGAAGCUGCUUCAUUUGCUGGGACUGAUUGAUUUUUCAGAAGACACUGUAGAAGAUGAAAUGGAAAUGGCCACAGUACGACAUAGACCUGAAGCUCUUGAACUGCUGGAAGCACAGAGUAAAUUCACAAAGAAGGAACUUCAGAUUUUAUACAGAGGUUUCAAGAAUGAAUGCCCCAGUGGUGUUGUCAAUGAAGAAACCUUCAAAGAGAUUUACUCUCAGUUCUUUCCACAGGGAGAUUCCACAACAUAUGCACAUUUUCUGUUUAAUGCAUUUGACACUGAUCACAAUGGAUCUGUGAGUUUUGAGGAUUUUGUUAUGGGUCUCUCAAUUUUACUCCGAGGGACAGUACAGGAGAAACUGAACUGGGCUUUCAAUUUGUAUGAUAUAAAUAAGGAUGGAUACAUAACUAAAGAGGAAAUGCUUGAUAUCAUGAAAGCAAUAUAUGAUAUGAUGGGAAAAUGCACCUAUCCUGUUCUCAAAGAAGAUGCACCUAGACAACAUGUGGAAACAUUUUUCCAGAAAAUGGACAAGAACAAAGAUGGAGUAGUUACCAUAGACGAAUUCAUUGAGAGCUGCCAGAAAGAUGAGAAUAUAAUGCGAUCCAUGCAGCUCUUUGAAAAUGUGAUUUAA